AUGUGGGUAGAAUCCAUAGAUUUAUUACUUGAAAAACUUCAAUCACAAGAAUUUCCCUUCUUUAAAGUCAAAGUGAUUUCUGGGGCUGGCCAGCAACAUGGAAGUGUAUACUGGUCUACUACUUCUCAAUCUACUUUAAAUUUGCUAAAUUCAUCAUAUUCAUUAGCCACUCAAUUAAAAUCUAAUAAAGUAUUCGCAAUCACAAAUUCUCCAACAUGGCAAGAUUCAAGUACCUCAUUACAAUGUCAAAAUCUAGAAAAAUUAAUUGGUGGACCAGAUGUAUUGGCACGUAUUAGUGGUUCUAAAGGCUUUGAAAGGUUUACUGGUAAUCAAAUUUCAAAGAUUUGCCUUCAAUCUCCAUCUCAAUAUCUUCAAACAUCUAGAAUAUCUCUAGUUAGCUCAUUUCUCGCUUCAAUAUUUCUUGGUGAUUUUGCUCCAAUUGAUAUAGCAGAUGGAUCAGGAAUGAAUUUACUUGACAUUAAUACAAAAAAUUGGGACGAUAGGUUAUUAGAUAUUUGUGGCAAAUAUUCUACUCACGCUUAUGAAAAUGAUGUUAAAUUUGGUGAAGAAUUAAAAGCAAAACUUGGAGUUCCUGAAAGUGAUGGAUUAAAAAUUCUAGGAAAUAUUAGUGAUUAUUUUGUUAAGAGAUAUGGGUUUAGCAGCGAUUGUAAAAUAAUUCCUUUUACGGGUGACAACCCUGCAACCCUCCUCUCACUACAACUAUCACCAGGCGAUGUGGUAAUCUCUUUAGGCACAUCGGACACUGUACUAUGUUACACAACAAAUCCUCAUCCAACGCUUGAAUCUCACACUUUAUGUCACCCGAUUAAUAAAGAUUUGUAUAUUUCUAUGUUAUGUUAUAAGAAUGGAAGCUUAACUAGAGAAUAUAUUAGAGAUCUUUAUUACAAUAACAGCAAACAAAAUAAUGAAAAGGAUAGUGAUUCUGCAAAAUGGAAAUGGUUCAAUGAGAUUCUCGCAGUUUCAUCACCAGACCCUAAAAAAUACGGAUUUUAUUUUGUGCAUCAAGAAAUUAUUCCAUUUGCUAAAGGUAUUUAUCGUUUUUUCAACAAACAUAUGGCUGACGAUUUCAAGGAUAUGCCAGAGAGCAAUAUUAGAAUAGUAGUUGAAUCACAAUUUAUGUCAAUGAAGUUAAGAGUUGAUAAAUUAUUAUCAGAUGAUAGAAAUGUAAAUAAAGAAGUUGAAUUGGUUAAGAAAGUUUUAGUGGUUGGAGGAGCGAGCAAGAAUAAUGAGAUUUUACAAGUAUUGGCUGAUGUUUUUGGUGUGCAGGUUUGGAGGUUUAAUGCUACAAAUAGUGCAUCAUUAGGUGCUGCAAUUAAAGCUAGAUUGGCUUUUAGUAAGUUUAUGAAUAAUUAUCGAUCAGACUUUAAUAUUAAUGAUUUGUCAGAAAAUGGUAAUGAAUUAGUGGCGCAGCCGAGACAGGAAAACACUGCAAUUUAUAAAUAUAUGAUGAAAGAUUAUUUGGAAUUGGAACAAAUAGUUAUUGGGUUGCA